AGCAGCAUGUGGGUUUUGUGAGGGCUUCACUUUGUUACACAGCAGGGUUUCAGUCUUAAAGUGUUCACAUAAAGUUUGAGUCUGCUCCUUUGGUGGCAUUUGAUUUGUUUUAAACACAAGAUAAUCUUUACUCGAAUAUAAUAUAGUGUUUACUUGGAAUUACAGUUGAAUCGUUCAGUUGGAGUUUAACAGGCAACUUAUUGUACUCUGUGAUACCCUGUGUCUAGGUCUCCAACUAAAAACGAAUUGUCAUUUUCGCAGGAGGAAUAUGGAGUAACUUCUGUGGGCAGUCUUUGCUUAGAAGAAGAAAACUGUAACAUUGAGAAGAAAUAUGAAGAUCUUAAAAGGCAAUUAGAAAAGAUGGAAUUUCAGAAUAAAGAACUCGCUUGUCAGCUCAGAAAAGAAGAUGAGAGUCUGCAGUGCAGUCAAUUGCAGCUUGAAGAGAAAAUUGCAGAAUAUGAGGGAUUAACCAGACAACUGGAAUCGGCUUUGGAAGAAGGGAGAAAAAUGGUGGCUGAGGAACUGGAAAAAACGUCAUGCAGAGAACAAGCCCUUCGGACAAAAAUGCUGGUUCUUGAAGCUGAACUGAGAGAGGGGCAAGAACAGAGAAACCAACUCCUCUGUGUGUUUCACCACAACAGAAAGCACCAUGAAGUGCAUUUGAAAGAGCUGCAGAACAGCCUUCAGAAGUCAGAGAACAGGAACCAGAGCAUGCAGAAUUACCUGCAGUUCUUGAAAGCUUCGUACAUAGUAACGUUUGGCUGAAUUCUGUGUUUCAGUGCAAAGCAGCUUCCCAAGGUUUGGCUCUAAGUGUUGCUGCAGGCAGGGCAGGCUGCAGCCCAGCAGUGAGGGGUGUGAGCGCGGGCUGUGCACAGAGCUGGCUGUGCUCUGUGCAUUCACGGCGUGUUAGCUCCUGUGCUCUGAAGUCUUGUGUGUGUCCGUCCAGCCCAUGGUAAAUACAGAUGAUCACAGGUUGCCUUUCAGGUCAGUGGGGGAAAAGAGCAGCCAUGGGUGGGUUGCGCAGCACUUCGCCUAUUUUAGUGAUUAAUAAUUAAAUGAUAUUUAUCAGACAUGACACGUCUGUAACUGUAGAAAUGUGGUUGCCCAAGACAGUGAUGUCUAUCCUAUUAAGACAGGCAAAACUUUAAGGAGCAUUAGGUUCCCUUCCUUUCUUUUCCCUGUCGCUCAGCACCAGUACAGCACUCACUGCUGCUCUGCAGGAGAUGGAUGCCAUCACAAGGCUGUGCCGUCCCACAUCCCAUUAUGAUCUGGAGCACGCUAUAGUGAUAGUUUAAAACAGAAGUAGGAAAGUGUUUUAGAUACAGAUGGAGUUUAAGCGCUGACUGUGCUGAUGGACCCUUUCACAGCGACACGGCUCUAGUCGGGUGCUGAAGUGUUUGUGUACAAGAGCUGCUGGGCGCUGAAGUAAGACGGACUCAACUCCCAGGUUGCACACGUGUAACUGUGCAGCUGACACAGGGCUGACACAAAACCCAGCUCUGAGCGAGCAAGUGUUUUUAUAGAAACAUGCUGCGAGAUGUUUGUCAAGAAGUAGUGUAACUUUCAGGUAAAAACAAGCAAUUUGGAAUGUGUAUUUGUCUGCUUUUUGACUGAAAAUGUAAGUUACUUCAUGCACAGACACAACCUGUUCGUUAAACGUAGGAUUUCCUUGUUAGUUCUAAUGUGCAGAAUGUUGAUGUGUUCUUCUUUCCUUGCAAUACUUGUCCAUCGCGACAAAUACUGACCUGUGCUAAUGAGCUGCUUGGGGGCACUUGUAAAACAUGAAAGUAUUAUUGUAUAUAUUAUUGUAUAUGACACACAGUAGUAAAUAUUUCUGUUAAAUUUGGGGGUUUUCGUAUUACACGCACACACUUAGACCCAUGUUUGUGUUCAUUUACUUCUGCUUGUGCUACUUUGAAAAUAGCAAAACCUUUCUGAAAGUCAUCAAAUAU